CAUGAGGUAAAAAUAUUAUUUGCAUUAUUAUUUUUUCAUAUUAUUAUUCUGUGUAAGGUUUGUUGUCGUCAUGAUUUGGGAGAGGCCCCAUGAGUCCCAAACCUCAUCUCCGCGGUUGCGCAGUUGGUCGCAUUUUCACCACAGAAAAUUCUUGCCUCAAACUCUCGGAAGUUUAGCAAAUCAAGUUGCUGUGAUUUAGCUAGUUAGCUAGCUACAUAAAAUACAGUGCGACUAAGGCAAACUAGCAUAUAUUAGGGGGAAAACUAAAUUGUCUCAUUCUAUAUCGAAACUCAAAGGAUGAUACAUGGAGUUACAUUAUUUUAUGUUACGUUGCGGUCGAAAACAUGAAUGGUAGCCACCUCUGGAAGAAGUUGUGAUUGUUUUUUUGGCGCUCUAGCAACUAAACGCAGAGGAAAGAUGGUGGAGUUAAGCUAACAGCCUAAUUCUUACUUCAUAUGUGAUAGCAGAGCUAGCUAACUAGCUAGGUUGCUAUCGUUUGUAUCAAAAAAGUUUGUGAAAAUUACCGCAUCAGAAUUUACAAGAGACUCGCCCUCAUCUUAUGUUGGCAUACUGUAACGGUACCAGUUAAGCAUGAGUGCACCUCAGCCUCGGAAGAUGGAACCAGGGAUACUGGUGGCUGGAUCUAGAAAUCCGAUGGUGCUCUGAAGAAGCCAUGGGUAGCUGCUUAAGCUGUCCAGAGAAAGAGUCAAUCCCAGAUAAUCAUCAAACAAAAUUUAAGGUGAUAAACGUGGAUGAUGAUGGGAACGAGCUGGGCUCGGGCGUGAUGGAGCUGACUGAGGCCGAGCUGGUCCUCCAUACCCAUCGGCGAGACGAUGUCAGGUGGCCCUACCUGUGCCUACGUCGCUAUGGCUACGACUCCAACCUCUUCUCAUUUGAGAGUGGCCGCCGUUGUCAGACGGGACAAGGGAUCUUUGCCUUUAAGUGUGCUCGGGCAGAGGACAUCUUCAACAUGCUUCAGGAGGUGAUGCACAGCCACAGCAUCAGUGUGGUGGAGGAGGCGGUGCUGGAGACCAACCACCAGGCCACACACACUCCUGCCGCUCUGGGCUACUCUGUCCCCACUGUGCCUAACGGUGUCAGCCGGAUCCCUUCGGUGGGCGACGCCCCCUCGCACCCCUCCACACGCCACCCAUCUGUGGCCAGCACCCGCCUGCCCUCGGUGGGGGAGGAGUCCACACACCCCCUGCUGGUGGCUGAUGAUGCGAUCCACACCUAUGUGAACACCACCGGCCUGCUGGAUGACCAGCCCAGCCCUCUCACUGCUCCAGCCCCUCUGGACAGCCCCGGGUCAGCCCAGUCCCAGUGCCCCCCUACUCCACCUCCUCCGCGGGUAGCCAGACCAGAGCCCUCGGCCCAACUCCAGGAAGAGCCCCAGGUGCUGCUGGAGCCGCAGGGGGUGCGCUUUGUGCUAGGACCCACGCCUGUGCAGAAGAAGAUGGCCAAGGGGAAGCAUAUGGACGGGGAGGAACCAGAGCCUGGCCAGGCCAACGGACACCCAGACAAAGACUGUGCCUCCGAGGGCCCGCCGGAGCUGCCCCACACACACUCCAACGGGUCCACCUCUGCCGGGGCUCCAGCCACGGCCCCCCGCCGACACCGGCCGCCCCCGCUCACCCCCGACACCCUGCAGAAUGUCAACAACUCGGCCCAGCGGCGCACGGCCCUCCUGGACUACGAGAACCUCCCGGCGCUGCCACCCGUCUGGGAGACCCGAAAGCCCAGCAACGAGGAGGAGGAGGAGGGUGGGGGAGCAUCCCGUGGAGGAGGCCAGGCGGGGCCCAAGGCGUCUGCCCUCAAUGGCUACAACCACAGCCUCCUCCACCACUCCCACUCCCACCCGCUGUCAGCCAUGGAGCCCUCCCACAACUACGUCAACACGGAGAACGUUACGGCUCCGCUCAGCGCCCGCUGCGCCCCGGACACAGCACGCCGCCGCACGGACGGCCCAACCGUUUUCAACUUCGACUUCCGCCGGCCACCGGGGCCUCUGGGCCAGGAGUCCCCCAAGACGCUCAACUACAUCGAGGUGGAGAUGGAAACCGGCGCCGCCUCUUCUUCCUUCGCCGCCGGAAAGGGUGGCUCCUCCGACACCAGCAACCCCCACACGCCCCGCACCCCCACCUCCCCACUGCCGCCCAACACCCCGACGCGCCGAACCGAACUUUACGCCUUCAUCGACAUCGAGCGCACCGCCGCCAUGUCCAACCUGCAGAAGGCUCGGCCGCGCGACGACGGCACGGCGAGGAAAACGCGGCACAACAGCACGGAGCUGCCCACCAAAAGCACUGUCUGACUCAGACCUCGUCGCCCCCCCCCCCCCGGCCUUUUCCUCUGUGAUUGACCUUAAAAAAAAGAUACCAAACAAACACCGAGACACGACCCUUCUGUAUGAACACACGCAGAGAAAUGCCACGGAGACAUCGGAAAGGCCUUCUGUAGAGACUCCAGGAAGUGGUCUUAAAUAAUACAGACCUGGUCUUGUGUGGGGUGACCUGUAAGGGGAUUCGGGUAGACCAGAGUAGGUGCUUACUUGCCAUAUACCAAUUUAUUCCUAUGGUAAUAUAAUGCCUCUUUUCCUUCACUCAUUCUACAGUGCAUUUUGGUUUUUUAUUAUGUUAAUAAGACUGGACUGCAUUCCUCCCCCCAACCUCCUCCAUGGUACAAAUCAGUAUUACUGAACAAAGCAUUCCAUUUAGCCUUUUUUUAUAUAUAUAUAUAUGAUUCACUACAUGCUGCUGUAAUUUCAGUAUCUGAGGAUUACAUGGUAACACCACAUGAUGUUUCUGACUAUGUACAAUAGAUUCUGGCACAAUAAAUGUCUGUUCUGUUUUUA